AGGCUGUGAACAUGGCAGCGCGCUGCCUAUUGCAGCCGCAUGUCACUUCAUUCCUACUGCUACCGCAGGGUCUGUCUGUCACCAUCCGAAACGCUGGGGCUUGUGCCCGACGCCGCCCAACCCCCCGCGAGGCCGCCAACGGCCGCCGCCAACGGCCGCCGCCGGGCAGCGGCCGCCCCCAGCAGUGCGGCGGCAGCGCCGCGGGCGGGGGAGGCGCGGGCCGGGCCGGGCCCUGCGCGGGGCCGGGGGCAGGGAAAUGGAUUCUGUGGUCUCUUCUCCAUAGUAUCCACUGCAGGAAUUGAGACUGCUCUUCACAGUGUUUUAGGAACUCCACAAAAGCCUUCUUCCUCUGAGGAUUUUAUUAGAGAAGUCAAAAUGUGGGCGGCAGUGGCUAGUGCCCUGCUAAGGGCCAAAGUCCGACAAGCCGGUACGUGUUCUCUGCCUCGAGGGCCAAAGGGCAGGAGCGCGGUCGCGGCGGCCGCUCUCCCUCCGCGUUGCUGGCAGCGUACCGCUCGAGCGGGCCAUACAGCUCAGCCACGCAGCAUGAAAGCAGAAAUACAGAAGGUGGAAGCUUUGGAGGAAAAUCAUUUUGUCUGUGUUCACUGGGAGGAUGGAAGUGAGAGCCGUUUUCCUUGCGUCUGGCUGAGAGACAACUGCCAGUGCCCUGACUGCUUCUUAGACUCUGCCAAAGCACGCAAACUGCUUUUCGAGGACCUAGAUGUUAACAUUGUGGUAAAGGAUGUCACUCUGACAGAUGGAAAGAAGAUAUCUGUUACCUGGCCAGAUGAACACACAAGUGAAUACGAAGCCAAGUGGUUGAAAAAGCGAUGUUUCUCCGAAGAAGCCAGAGAAGAAAUGCGAAAAGAUUUAUUUUUACCAGAGCGCCAGUACUGGGGCUCGGACUUGCAGCUUCUCGAACUGCCUUUUGAAGAAGUCUUGUGCAGUGAUGAAAGCGCAUACAAGUGGCUGUGCACCCUGAAGAAAGUGGGAAUUGUGCUACUGACAGGAGCCCCUGCUCAGCAGGGAGAGUUGGUGAAACUUGGCCACAGGAUUGGUUUCCUGCGUCUCACAUUUUAUGGACCAACUUGGCAAGUGCAAGACAAAACAGAUGCUAACAAUGUGGCUUAUACAACCGGGAAGCUAAGUUUUCACACUGAUUACCCUGUUAUGCAGCAUCCACCUGGGGUUCAGUUUCUUCACUGUAUAAAGCAAACAGCUGCAGGAGGUGAAAGUGAAGUUGUAGAUGGAUUGCAUGUAGCCAACAAGCUGAAGAAACAAAAUCCUCAAGCCUUUCAGAUCCUGUCCUCUACUGCCGUGGACUAUACAGAUGUUGGGGUCGACUACUGUGAUUUUGCUAUGCAAUGCAAACAGAAGAUUAUAGACAUAGAUUACAGAGGUCAGGCCGUUCGCAUCAAUUAUAACAAUGCAACAAGAGACACGGUGCUUGACAUACCGGCUGAAAAAGUGCGGCCAUUUUAUGCAGCUCUAAAGGAGUUUGAUGAUUUAUUAAACAGCAGAGAACACAAGUUUACUUACAAGAUGAAACCAGGGGACGUAGUAACGUUUGAUAACUGGCGCCUGCUUCACGGUCGCCGGAGCUACCGGUCGGGAGCCACGGUGACUCGGCACCUGGAGGGGGCCUACGCAGACUGGGACGUGGUCAUGUCCCGGCUCCGGAUCCUGCGGAAGAGGCUUCUGGGCAGGAACUGAGCUUUCUUCUGACUAGAACAAGCAAAAUCUAGAUUGUCUACCCUUAAAAAAGGCAAAGAAAAAUACCCAAUAUACUCUGUUCCUGGAAACCAACAUCACGAAUGUAUUUUUGAGUUCCAUAAGCCUUUAAGAAUCCCACUGUUCAUAACAAUUUGAGAUUUACCUAUGCCCUGACCUCUGAACCUAUAAAUGCAUUGCUGCCUCACUUAGUUCAUUUGCUUUUUGAUCUUGCAAGUAGUUUAUAGGGCUGAUGGGGUAUCAGAACACCCUGAUUUACCAUUACAAAUAUAUCUGUGCUCCCUAGAAAGCUUUUCAGAGAAGCAUUAUGUAUUGCAUAGAUAAUAACCAAACUUCAUUAUCAAAACAAGCAAUCACUGCUUUGGAGUUAUUUCUGUAUGGUCACCUUGCUAGAUGGAGCCACGCUUUAAUAAAAAGUUCUCCUUGUUCAACAGAUGUUUUCUUCUGUAUAUUCCAAUUUACAGAUUAUUACUAACACAGCAACAAACAACCUUUACUGUACUUCCAGUCCUAUAAGCUCAGAACCAUUGAGCUGUCUGAGAAUAUGUCCUAUUAAUUUUCCUCUCCAUUAUGAAUAGAAAUAAAUCUCAGUGUAGAGGCUGCCGAUAGGGUUGGUUGCUGUGCAUAGAUGUAGUUAAGGUUUCCAAGGCAGACAGACUUCUGAGUGAAUUUGGGAAGAGGAAUGCUGAUUCCAUUUUACAACAAGAAAUGACCCAGUACAAAGUGUCAGUUAAUGACCUAGCAUCUGACAGAGAAGGAAGGAUUGAACCUAGAUCCAUAUUUGAUAUAUCAAAUACAUGAGCAGACCUUUGACAAACUUGUUCUGAAGCAUAUUUUACUACCCUUUUAGUAUGGACUCUUCUUAAAGUUGCGUUCCGUGUACAGAUCACCCUAUGCAACAAUUACUGCAGCUGAAGCAGUACACAAUAGGUUAGCUACAGGUCUCCAUCUUUUUUUUUUUUUAUGUUAAAUAUGAUCAGAUGCCAAUUUGAAAAAGAAAGAAUUUUUGAAAUACAUAUUUUCAAACCCAACAAUAUCUUUUGCAUACAGGGCUAUUUUUUUUACCUCUCCGCAUGGCUGCAGAGUUAACAGAACACUUUCUCAGCCAUGCCAAGAACCCACCAAAAUAACUACACCUCCACCCUCAAAUCCUCUCUGUUCAACUGUUCAUUUUCAAAUUCUUGCUUGAAAGCCAAGUAAAUCUUAGUCUCUUCCUAGUAGACUAAAGCAGUAGAACUGUAACUAUGGAAUUAAAUAACUACAGAAUUAAAUAUAUUGAGAAAAAAAAUAAGUGAGCAUCUAAUGUAAACUUGCAAAUACUCCCAGAGUAUUCUCUUCCUCAUAUGCAGUCAACAGAUAUCUCACCUGGAUAAUCAAAUAAAACUAAAUAAGGAUUUGGAUGUGAACUAGCAUGGUGUGGUCCAAAUCUAUUUAUCUUUAAUAAAUAGUGAAAUGUAUUUGCAUUAAAGUUUUGAUGUGACAUUAAGAUAUAGCAGAGUAUUUUGGCUUUUAGCACUCAUUUGAUUUCUCAGUGGCUCCUUUAAUAAUUGACUUUGGAAAGAUGAGGAAAAUAUUUUUGCCUUUGCUAUAAAAGGGGAAAAAGAUGGGGAAAGCUGUAUACUCAUAUUCCUACAGAAUACCAACAGUAUUGUGCUUUAACUGAGAUAUUUUGCAUAUAACUUAAUUUAGUGAAGGUUGCAAUUUACAACUUUAAAGCAGGAUAUUUUGUGAUUCAUACAAAUGUUUAGUAGAAAAGAGACAUUUUCUGCUUUUAUCCUGUACUUCUCUAAAACCUGUUUAAUUCAAAUUUUUAUCUGUUUAUUAAAAGCUAUUAUGGAACUGAUUAACCUGUAUGUCCUAUUAAAAACUGAUACAAGAGAUCCCUCAAA